CCGGCGCCUGGACCCGAUCGGCGGGCCUCCGGGGACGGGCGGGGGGAGCCAGGAGCCGGCGGAGGAGUGCGCGGCGCUGCGGACGGCGACUGAGGACCUCUCCCAGGAGGUCCGCACUGGGCUGCUGCGCCAGAUCCUGGACACGUUCACCGACACGCAAAGUCCUCUUCAAAGGCUGGUCCAAGCUGCCUUGGCGACAUCCCCAGUCUCCUCCCCAUGCGAUGGCGAGGCCUUGCCUGAGCGCCUCCAGCGUCUCCUCGCUGCUUUCCAUGACCAGGCCAAGCAGAUGCUCAGAGUGGCUCGCUUGGUCUUGGUUUGCUGCCCGCGACAACAGACUGGCAAAGACAUGGAGGCGACCAUGGUCGGCCUUUGGGGGCUUGUGGUCAGAGUGCAACAGCUUUUCUCACAAAGUCCCCAAGGGUCUGGUCUGGACCGGAGCCCUGCUACCCUGCAGGCCCUGCUUCAGGAGUGGGCCAGGGCGUCUGAAGGCUUAUUAGCAUGUUUUGAUGAUGUUCUCAAUAUUCCUGAGUUCCUGAGGGUGUCGGUUCAGGAAAUGACCAAACGCUUGGACCUUUUUACAUGGACUUUGAGGAGUGGAGAUUCCAGAGAGUGUUCUCCACUGGCGGCGUAUUUACAGGGCCGAGCAACCCACAUAGUGCAGGUGAUGAGCAGGUAUGUGGACCAAGAUCGAGAUCCCAUUUUCCGAAAUGGCCUGAGAGUCUUGAUCCAGCAGCUGGAGCAAUCGUCCCUGGUCCUGGGUGCAACUGCCCAGCACUGUGCAGGUGGGCACAGCUCUCAGGACUCAGGUGCACUUUUAACCAUGGCAAGACAUCUGAUCUUUUCAGCUCAGAGCAUCUAAGAUGGGCUGGACGGGACUAAGCACCCAGAUAUCCUCAGCCCCCUCCGGGACCAAGUCCAAAGGUCUGGCAUGGCUAAGAGACAGACUUCUUUCAUUCUCCCCUGCCUCCAGGACUGCACAGUUCCUGAACUGAAACACCAGAGGAAGCCUGGGUUGGGGGAAAAUGACCCAGGCACCUUCUAUCCACCGAGUGACCACCUUUCCUAUCCCUUGAUUCUUGACACCCAUCCACAGAGAGGGGGCUCUCCACCCCCUGCCACCAACAAACCCAUCCUUGCUGUAGAGACCCAGAGCCACCAGGGAGUGACCUCAGCUCACUUCAUCCUGCAGGAACAGGAUGUAGCUAUGAAUGCAGCUCAGGAGGUCCUGGCUGGAGAGGGACCACUGGUCUCAGAGAGAAUAACUGAACUCCAGGAAAUCCCAUCACUGCCACCUUCUAUUAUUGACCUAGCAAGGGAGACAGAACAUUGCACAACUGCCAGAACUGAUAGGCCUCUGGAAGUAGCUCUCCAACUGUCUGGGAGAACCAGGGACACCAGGCAAGGUUUGGUGGUCAUAGCCGGUGACUGGUAUUCUCUGUGUCAACAGCUAUUUUGCAAUAACCCAGCAGCUGAUCUUCCAGGGAACAUGGCGGUGUUCAUGGAGCUUCAGCAGAAUUUAGCCUCAAUGGUCCAACUAGCAGCCAAAAGCGGGCCCAUGGAUUUGGGUAAAAAGGAUUCUGACUCAACUGGGCUCGCAGAAGCACAUUUACAAAUGCAAGGCAGGUUGGAGGAGGUGGAGACCCAUGCUAAACAGCUUUUAGACAAGGUUCUGGCCUCUGGUGGUCUCCAAGCCCCUAGGUCAUGGGAAGAGAGCAUUGAGGACGGGUGCCUUCUGUGGUCGGUGGCUGUUCAAGACCUGCUCCUCUGCCUGGAGAGGCUCAGUGGGAGACAAGGCCUGUUCCUGCUGCCCCUGAGACAGGCUGUGAAGGAUCAGCAGGGGCUGCAGGAAGGGUUGGCUCAGGCAGCAGAUGUUUCUCAGAGGUUGCAAGAAGCUGCCAAGCUGUCUUGCCUUCUGUGUGGGGAUGAGCAAGCAAAGGGUGAGAUCUCCUUUCUGUGCAGGGAAGUCCAUGUGCUCACAGACGCUGUGCUGGAUGUGGCACCAAUUCUGGCUUCCUCCCCCAAACCAUCUCCCAGCCUGUCUACUCGCUUUGAACUUCUCUGCUUAGAACUCACCCUUCAUGCCAAGGCCCUGACUGGCCACCUUGGCAAUAUCAAUGCAGACUAUGAACAUGCCCUCCAAGAUGCCUUGUGCCCAAAGCUCUCUGCCUGCAAAGACCCCCAGACCCGGCCAGAAAUCUCCCUGGAAAGAAUAGUGUCUGGUAUCCAAGCUGUGCAGGGUAUCGUGGCAGGUCAGGAGUCUGGGUCCUGCCAGGAAGACCUUCCUAUGGCUCUGGAGAGUAUUCUCAUCCUCACCAAGGAGGUGGCCCAGAGGGUCCCUGUGCUCCAAGAACACCCAGAGGAUUGGCUUUGGUGGGAGUGGGCAGCCAAGGCUCACCAUGCCGUGGCCCAGCUCCAGGCCUGGAAAGGUGGUCACACCAAGGCCUGGAGACUCCUGAUCCAGUGCCUGAAGCCCAGUGAUGAACAGGACCCUGCCCAGCCCCAACCCCACCCUGGGGAGGGUGCAUCGGGAGCAGCUGCAGCCAGCAGUGUGGAUUCUCAGGGUGCUGCCCCAAGAGACACCCCAGGGUGUUCAGCGGGGACCUUGCAUCGCUGAUCCAGCCACCACCGGGACAGUCGCAGCAGACCUGGGCAUGGUAAGGCCUGAAAAUUCACCAAGGGAAAGAAGAUGUGGUAUUUUAACCAUACUGGGAUCUGAGUCCGCUGGGUUUCAGUUUAUGCAAAUUCGGGGUGAACGGAGCGCAGAGUAACGGGGAUUCGUGGUUUCCUCUUCUCGCUAUUUUCCUGCGUGUUUGGAGAAUGUCGCCUAGAGCUGCCGGCACGUGGGGAUCAGGAGACCCUCUUGAUUCCUACUCUUCUUUUAAAAAUGAUUAAGAGGCCGUGAACAUCCCCACUGUGGCUAGAAGGUCUGAGCAUCCGGAAUUUCAGCAGUUCCACCCUGUCUUCCUCUUGCAGCCGCAGCAAAACGGCACCCCCUUGCAGCGCCCCCUGCUGUCCAGCCCGGCUGCACGCCGAGCGGGACCCGCCUCUCCCGGAGGAUGGCCGCGUGGGCAGUGGGAACAGAAUCUCCCAGAUUACCCAGCAGAUGGCCGAGGAGGUGCUCCUGAUGGCUCAGAGUCUGAGGAGAAGAGGACGCAUCUUGGUACUGGGCCUUCCGUGGGUGGUGGGAGGCUGGGCACCACGGGGGAAACAGGACUCCCAGCUGCUGCCCUGCAGAAGCCAGGACAGCCAGGAAGGAGGGGACGCUCUCGGAGGCCGUCAAGCACAUUUUCAGGCGCUGUCUUCCCCCUCUCUCCGGGUGUAUUGUAAAGCUCACUUCAUUUCUCUCUUCCCGUCCUCUUUUGGGCUUACUGUUAAGGCUUUGCCUUAUUCCAUCAGCGAAGGAAAUUUGCCAGAAGCUGCAAUUUAGCAAAAUCAAGGACUCAUUCAUAUCCCGUAGGAUGAACUGAAGGGGAGCCAUUUAUGUCUUUAAAAACUCCCCAAAAUAGAGGUAACGGGACUACAGGCUCCUGAGAGAUGGCCAUUCAGGGCCAGCACAGCCUGGAAGGGGAGGAGGAGGCCGGUUUCCUCUGGCUUUGGGGGGAUCAACUUCAGUCGCAUGUCUCCUGUUCUAAUUCUCUUUAGCCCUCUUCUUGAUGCGGUGUAGUUAAGCAUUGCUUAACACCAACACACCAACAUUGAAAAAAAUAAAAGAAGUCCAUUACUGAGUGUGGGGACCAGAAGGGAGAGGCAGCCUGGCACCAGGAGCCAUUUAGAAAACUCCUUCCGCUGUAGGUCUGCGGGGUGCCACUGGCUCCAUGUUCUGCCCUGGAGCUUGGAAUUGCUUGAAUUAGAUAUUGGACAAGCCUGUACCCACUCUUUUCUUAUCUGGAAUUGCAAAUACCUCUAAUAAACCAAGCCUUUAGCAUAGAUUUAUUAGCAUUGAUUUUUCCCUUCCAGGAGGAGCUGAGACAGCAUGAUACAUGGAGGGGAGGGAGCUGGGAAGUGGUUCCCCAUCAGGGCCAGCCACUACGAAAAGAGUGGGGCAAACAAAAUUAAGUUCUGUCCAUUAAGUUAGUGUCCAGUCUUCAUGGGAUUCAGGAGCCCCUCAACAGGGCAGGUACAAUGCAGGGUCACUUCAUUUUUGCUGUUUGCUGGCAGCUUUCAAGUCCCAUCCACUCCUCCUUCUUCCUCGCUUGCUUCACAUCUGGGCAAGUCAAUAAAAAAGCCCAGGCAUGGCCUCUGUUGGUGCCAGUGGGAAGUUCAAACCACCCGAGCCCUGGCUGAUGAGUGGAAACCCUCACCCCGGCCCCAUCCCCUGCCCACAACGAAAGCCAAGCCCAUGCCCCUUCCUUGUUCUCUCGCGCCUUUUCAGAGCCUUUCCAGGCUUGGUUAGGAGCUUGCCCACUCUCUCCAGAAAGCCUCAUUAUGUGAGUAAUAAACCUUUUCGUACCUUC